AUGUCUUCUCUGAAUCUUCUGGCUCUAUCUACAAACAAUUUGAAUGGUAGUGUUCCAGACAAUAUGUGCCAACAUCUUCCGAACCUUCAAGGUUUGUAUUUGUCUAACAACAAUUUUGACGGCCAACUUCCAUCCAAAUGGUCGCAGUGCAAACAUCUUCUUGUAUUAUCGAUGGGGUAUAACAUCAGCGGGAGCAUACCCAAAGAUAUUGGGAACUUAACUCAGAUAAAGACGAUUUACCUUGGCUCCAACUAUUUGACAGGUACCAUACCAAAUGAGAUUGGUCAUCUUCCAUGUUUAGAGGAAUUUGUCCUGGGUGGUAAUAAUCUCAGUGGCCUCAUCCCAACCUCAAUCUUCAAUAUGUCCACAAGAUCAAUAAUAUCACUUGACAGCAACCAGUUCUCAGGUAACUUCCCAGCAAAUAUAGGCCUUGAUCUUCCAAACCUACAAGAGCUCCUCGUAGGAGCAAAUAAACUCAGUAGAGUCCCCGAAUACAUCUCUAAUGUUUCUAAAAUCACAAACUUAGACCUGCCUUCCCCGAGCAAUCCAUUAAAGGCUCCACUUCCCAUUUCCUUUAGGAAUCUCUCUACAUCACUUGAGACCAUUAAGCUAAGCAAUUGCAGCUUGAGAGGUUACAUUGCAAAUGAUAUUGGCAAUUUGAGCAGCUUGACACUCGUAGCUUUGGACUACAAUCUUAUGAGUGGGAGCAUUCCAACCUCAGUAGGAAGAUUACAUAAUCUCCAAGAUAUCAUGCAAUUAGACAUGUCAUCCAAUUCUCUAAUUGGACCACUCUCAGAAGGUAUUGAACUAUUGAUAAUUUAUCUGAAAGCCACUUGUCUGAGAGUUAUUCCAAAGUCUCUUGAAGCACUCUCAUCUCUCCAAUAUCUAAAUUUUUCUUUUAACAGACUUCAGGGAGAAAUUCCGACAGGCGGGCCUUUCAAAAACUUCUCUGGUGAAUCAUUUCUUUCUAACCAUGGACUAUGUGGUGCAUUCCUAUUUCAAGUUUCAGCAUGUAGAAGGAAAACUGAGAAAGAAAAAGGUGAAGCUGCAACAGAGACUACCUUCUUGCCUCAACUUCUAUGGAGAAGAGUUUCAUACCAAGAACUUCUAAGGGCGACAAAUGGAUUCACCGAAUGCAGCUUACUUGGAGAUGGGGGUUUUGGCUCAGUAUACAAAGGAACACUGUCAGACGGUAUGGAGGUUGCCAUAAAGGUUUUCAAUUUACAGUUAGAAGGGGCAUUCGCAAGUUUUGAUACUGAAUGUGAAAUGCUAAGCAAUAUUCGUCACCGAAAUCUCGUCAAAGUCAUCAGUUGUUGCGGCCAGAUUGGUUUCAAAGCUCUCGUAUUGAACUACAUGCCUAACUGGAGUCUUGACAAAUGGUUGUAUUUUCAGAACUUUUCCUUGAACACCUUUCAGAACUUUUCCUUGAACACCUUUCAGAGGUUGAAUAUAUUGAUUGAUGUUGUGUCGGCAUUGGAGUACCUUCAUAAUGGUUAUGAAACACCUAUUGUCCAUUGUGAUUUGAAGCCCAGCAAUGUAUUACUAGAUUAUGAUAUGGGUGCACAUGUUGCUGAUUUUGGCAUUGCAAAAAGCUUGGGUGGAGGAGAUUCUAUGACUCGAACCAUGACCCUUGCCACAAUCGGUUAUAUGGCUCCAGAGUAUGGAAUGGAAGGAAUGGUAACCAGAAGAGGGGAUGUGUAUAGUUUUGGUAUUGUAGUGAUGGAGACAUUCACAAGAAGGAAGCCAAUUGAUGAGAUCUUCGCUGGGGAAAUGAGUUUAAAGCUAUGUUUUGCAAAUUCAUUACAUGCAGGGGCGGUAGUUAAAGUUGUGGAUGCUACUUUACUUGGAAUAGAGGAGGAUCAUGAAUUCAUGAUUUUUGUGAGCAAGAGGGAGAGAGUAGCUGUUAUGAGACUAGCUGUUGCUUGUUCAGUAGACUCACAAGCAGAGAGAGUAAAUAUGCAAGAGGCUCUCGCCACGCUUAAGAAAAUCAAGAUCAAGUUUUUGAAGGACGUUAGAGGAGGUGUCGAACAGCCCUCUUCUUCAAGGAUCCGAAUCCUCUAAAAUCGUAGGGUUGUAAAGUUAUUUAAAAUUCAUAAAAUCAUGAUGCUCGAAGUGAUCUAAAGGUCUAGAUUGUCUCCACAUCAGCUUAGGUAAAGUUUACAGUU